CAAAUGUUUUCUUGCAUGUCUGCAACGUGUUUAAACAAAUAACGUCAGCUUUUUAAACACCUCCAAUCCUCAUAAUUCCAUGCAUGUUCUCUUCAUUUACUCUACUUGUUUCUAUUUGCAGAUUUUCUAUUUCUAUCAAUAACUCAUAAAACUCUAGGAGGGAUUAAAGUUAGUAUAUUUUUGGUACUGAUUAUUUGGGAGAAAUGGCACCUACUAAGAGUUGUAGACUAGCUUGUUCUUUGCUGUUUGUGCUGCUUCUUCAUGCUUUUCUGUUGCUUCCUGUCCCUGUUCUUUGUGGUGAUGACGAAGAAAAUAGUCUUCUCCAAGGUCUAAACAGCUAUAGAAACUCCCUACAGCUACCACCCCUGACUAAAAACAAGCAAGCUGGAUGCCUAGCCGAUGAACUAGCAGAUGAGAUUAAAGACCGUCCAUGUGUUCCUACAGUAGCAGCCAAUGCUAUACCAGGAGGAUCUGCAACCCAGUUCCUGAAUUACCCGAAACUGCUCAAGAAAUGUAACAUUGAUCCAAAUACAACAGGGAAUGGCAUAAUCUUACCGGUUUGCGUCCGGAAACUUGAACCAACCCUUGUCCUUACCAAUUAUACUCGUACUGGCUAUGCUCGGUACGUCAAUGAUUCAAGGUUCACCGGUGCAGGGCUUGGAUCGGAGGACGACUGGAUGGUGGUGGUUUUGGCGACAAGCACUGCAGGAGGGAGCUUUGCUUCUAAUGCUGCGGAUGUUGUUUUGGGGUUGUUGAAUUAUUUCAUGCCUUUUUUGGUGGGCUUCUUCUUUGUUUAGUAGGUAGUUCAUGUACAUUGCAAGUACGAACAAUUAGAUGCUGUUAAAUCAAUUACUAUGCAUUAGUAGUUGUGGUCUGUUCUGUUUUGUGUUAGGGUGAUCAAUUUGUUGGAUUAGGCAGCCAAGCCAAGUAUGUGAAAGGUACUAAUUAACACUUACAUUGUCAUCUUUUGAAGUUUA